AUGAGCGGCGAAGCUGGACCGUCUACCUCCAAUGGCAAGAGGAGCCGCGAGGGCGCGGACAAUGAGAAAGCCUCAUCAAGCAAGAAAGUCCAGCUUGCCGACGGAUCGAGCGCUGCGGCUUCUUCAUCAACUGGCGUCGAUAGCAUCGAGCUCACGGCGCCAGCCGACUUCCACGUCCACCUUCGGCAAGGCGAGAUGUCCGAGCUCAUCGCACCCCACGUCGCUCAGGGAGGCAUCUCCCUCGCCUAUGUGAUGCCUAACCUCGUCCCGCCCAUCACAACAGUGGAUGCAGCUGUCGCCUACCACUCCACCCUCAAAAAGAUCGCGCCGGACACCGACUUCUGGAUGACACUCUACUUGCACCCGAGCUUGACGCCUGAAGAGAUUGAGAAGGCUGCGCAAGGUGGGGUGGUGAAGGGAGUGAAGAGCUACCCGAGGGGUGUGACGACGAACAGUGAGGGAGGCAUCGAAAGCUACGAGGCUUACUAUCCGGUCUUCGAGGCUAUGGAAAAGCACGGACUUGUGCUCAACUUGCAUGGAGAGGUGCCAUCAGACGCGGAGAAGAACAUCACCGUCCUCAACGCCGAGGCCAUCUUCCUCUCCCACUUGCACAAGAUCCACGCUCGCUUCCCGUCCCUCCGCAUCGUCCUCGAGCACGCCACUACCCGCGCAGCCGUCGAGGCGGUUAAAGCCUGCGGCUCAACAGUGGCAUGCAGCAUCACUCCUCACCACCUCGAACUCAUCGUAGACGACUGGGCAGGCAAGCCAUUGCACUACUGCAAGCCCGUGGCCAAAUGGCCGGACGACCGCCAAGCACUGCGCGAGGUGAUUAAAGAGGGACAUCCCCGCUUCUUCUUGGGAAGCGACUCGGCGCCGCACCCACUCGCUAGCAAGUACCCUUCGGCCGCGACUGUGGAGGGUGGGGCAAGCGGACUGGCUACCAAUUGCGGCUGUGCUGCGGGCGUGUACACAUCCGUGUGCCUGGUACCGCUGUGCGCUCAUCUGCUGGAGAGCUUUGGCGCGCUCGACAGGCUGCAGGACUUUGUCUCGAACAAUGGGCGCCGCUUCUACCAGGUCGAAGCGGGCGAAGGGGCAAAGAAGGUCAAGCUGGUUCGCACGGCGGGCAGAACGGGUGGUGAGGUGCCCAAGGUCUGCAUACACCCGCGACAUAUUGGACUGCACGAUGCUGAUAAGGGCAAGUUGCAGGUGAUCCCCUUCUGGGCGGGAAAGAGGUUGGGAUGGAAGAUCGAGUAG